AUGUCUGAAUUCGUGGCUCCCGUGCCAAAGCUGGUGCCAGUGGCUUCCCCAGCCGACAUCAUCUUCUCGAACACUUCGGCCAAUCACCUCCAGUCAGACAUAUUCAGCGUCAAUUUGAACUUGCUGAUUGUAACGACCACCAUACUACUCGUAAUAUCUGCAUCAUGGUUCAUUCAUUCCACACGUCACAAAGAUUUGCCCAAAGGUCCUUGGGGAUUUCCAAUCCUCGGAUCCUUUCCAUUUCUUACCCAAUAUCCUGAGCUCACUCUCGACAAGUGGGCGCGCAAAUAUGGCUCCUUGUAUUCUGUGCGUCUCGGCAACCAGCUCUUCGCCAUUGUAUCCAGCCCAGGCGUGGCAAAGGAUCUCAUGAUCACCCAAGGCGCCGUCUUCUCCAACCGAAAAGAGAUGUUCAUAAAAUCGCAGACCGUCUUCGCUGGACGAGGUAUAACCGCGACGCCGUACAACGAUCGAUGGCGCAAGCACCGCCGCAUAGCAACGACGUGGCUCAACCAACAAGCCGUGGACUCCUACACCAACGUCCUCGAUUUCGAAGCCACGGAUAUGCUGCAAGCGCUCUACAGCGAUAGUCGGAAUGGGAAGCAUAUCAAUCCUCAGACAUAUGCAGGUCGUUGCUCACUGAACAACAUGCUCACCAUAACAUUCGGGUUCCGCACCGACAGCAUACAUCACCCCAUGGUUGCCGAGGCACUGCGUCUAUCCCGCGCAUUCAUGAACUGCACAGGUCCGAUGUCGAACCUCGUCGACUUCCUCCCCGUGCUGCAAUGGCUUCCCUCGCCGCUAAAAUCCAACGCGAAGGCCCUCCAUAGAGAUCUCGUAGAGACAUAUGGCGGUCUGAUCAACCAGCUCGACAGCAGGAUGCAAGCCGGAGAGCAGGUACCUAAUUGCCUCGCGAAGACCAUGCUCGACAUCAAGGAUGAAGAAAACCUCGACCACCUUGACAUGUCUAUCCUGGCAUCGGCUUUCAUGAUCGGCGGCGUCGAGACAACCGCUUCGAUCAUGCAGUGGUUCACAGCGCUUAUCCCCGCCUACCCGGACAUUCAGAAACGCGCGCAGGAGGAGCUAGACCGCGUGGUCGGGCGCGAGCAGCUGCCUACGCUUGCCGAUGAAGUCAAUCUGCCGUACUGCCAUGCUAUCAUCAAGGAAGUCGAGCGGUGCCAUAACCCCUUCUGGCUCGGUACACCGCACACCGCGAGCUCAGACUUUGUCUACGAUGGAAAGCUUAUUCCGAAAGAUACGGUGGUUGUGCUGAACACGUGGAGUAUGCACCACUCGGAGGAGAAGUGGGAGUCUCCGCUUGACUUCACCCCCAACCGCUACCUCCACGACCCAACAACCUCCUCUACCUCGGCCAACCUCGCUGACCCUUACGAACGCGACCACUGGAUGUUCGGCGCAGGCCGCCGCAUCUGUCCCGGCAUGAUCGUUGCUGAGCGCGAGAUCUGGCUUGCUAUUGCGCGCAUGCUGUGGGCGUUCGACAUGGUGCAGAUACCAGGGAAGCCGAUCGAUCUUAAAGAGUACGAUGGGAAGAGCGGGCGGAGUCCGGUGCCGUUUGAGGUGGUGCUGAGGCCGAGGUUUGAGGGGGUGGGAGAGGUUUUGGAGAGGGAGAUGGGUGCGUGGAAGGCGAAAGGUAUGGUGUAA